UGCGUUUCACAAACCAAGAUGUUGCGCUUGGGUCUCCGUGCGCACUGUGGCCCCAAUGGCAAAUGAGCAAGCCCUGGUGCUGGCGCUGGGGUGUUCAGGAUUUUGUGUCGUCAUUUGUGCUGGAAUUUGCUGCUGUCAUGAUUUCUCUCGCAGAAGCCGCUUGAGGGAACUAGCCCAUGCUGGACCUGCAUUGGAGGUGGAAGCGACAGAGCCCAAAUUGAACAGGAUCCUGCUGACAGGAUACCAGGCCCCCAUCCGACGGCUUGACCCUUUUGCAUCCCGCAAGGCCCAGGGAAACAAUGUGCAACCAAACUAUGCCAAAGUCACGUCAGCUGCGGAUGACGACCUUGACCAUUUGGCCCGUGCAUACGGUUCACUGGCUGCGGAGAUAGACCCUGAAGAUCGGCUGAAACUGCUCUCUGCCCGUGGUUCGCGCAGAGGCUCGAGAAGCUCGAAGGAUUCUGAGGCUACGCUGCGGAAGGCUGCACGGAGUUUGGAGACAGAGUCCGGGCAAGCGCCGUCCAGGUCCCAAAACGUCGAAGUGGACCCGGCUUCACUCAGAGAUGGGAAGGCAAAAGAUCCAACAGCAAACAGAACAACGCAUGAUGUUCCUCCCCAGAUUCUAGGGAGGCAAGUGCCAACAACUGGGGUUGAGGCACCCAGAGAACGAGAGACGCGACCUCGCGCCCAGAGAGAGACGACUUCCGAUGCGUUGAUGAAGCACAUUGAGCUGCCACCUCCAGCCUCAGCUGCCCCAGCUGCCGCUGUUGUCCCAGAUGAUGUGAGUCAAGACACUGAGACGGAAAGUGAGACAGAUGCAUCUGACACUCCGAGAGAGAAGGAUGCGAAGGAAGAGAGGACGUGCGGUCGAGAUGCCAAGUUCGAUGCCUUGGACGCUGAAUUAGCCGAACAUUUGGAGCAAGAUCAACAGCUCGACCCUAGUUCUUUGAAGAGGACACUCCACGCUUCCGUGAAGGGAUUGCCAAAGAGCAAGACCAAAAGUUCUGGCAAAGACCGGAAAAAACUGCACAGUGCAAAGCCAAGCAACUCCGCGACCGUGGUGUCCAGGGUGUAGCACUGCUGCUUUGCGUAGGAUUUCAUCCAAAAGUCGAAGAUUCUGUCAGUCGUGACGAAAAAAACAUGUGGCACUUCAAAAUCUAAUGUUAAUGUUGGCUUCAUUAUGUUUUGAUU